AUGAUACGCUACUUACACCGUCGACUCCACAAAACCUCACCAGCAUCGACCACAAUCGUUCAGACAAAGAUAUCGCCACUAGACAUUCCCGAGAUCCUGGACCUCAUCUUUUCAUUCCUCAACGACUAUACCCUCCGCCGCUCUGUCCUCCGUGUCAGUCGUCAAUGGCACCUCCUCAGCCAGACUCGCCUUUCGAGAGAGGUCAUUUGGUCCGAACACUCGAGACCAUCAAAGAAAGAAAGGGCACUGCGAACAUUACCCGGAGCUAGCAAGGUCCACUUUUCUUUCCAUUCCAUCACACCUGCGGCGUUCAAGACUGUUCGGGAUGCUCUCCUUCAUCUCGAGGAUGAGGUUGAGUCUGGCGGGAAACAGCAACAUCGACGACGACUUGGAACCAAUGCACUCGACUGCGACACCAACAACUACAACAUGACCCAAACAACCCCAACAUCAACACCAACUGUUUACAGCUUUACUCCUCUCAGAGAGAUGGAGCUGUUUGUGUGGUACUCCCACACAGAUUCCUUCGAAUGGUUCCCGCUCCCAUCGAGCCUCGUCAGUCUCAGGAUUGGAUUCAGCUAUGCGCACUACACCACCAUCGACCUGCAAGGGAUAUUGGAAAAGUGCCCUGCGCUGGAGCGUCUCUGCAUCGAAUCACACGGAUCGCCUGUCAUCCUAUCAGAUGCUGCACCCCGUCUCAAGUCGACUAUCAAGGAUGCUUCCCAACUACCACCACUCUCCCUCCGAUCCUUGGUUUUGUGUGGAAUUGGCUUUGCGCAGGAGGAUUUGGAAACUCUAUUGCUGCUUACACCGAACCUCAAGGAACUACAGUUGAGGUCGAUGCUAUGGAGUAAUGCCCUCGACAAGUACGAAUGGGCUCGGUUGUUUCAACUCUUGAAGAGGAGGAACAUCACUCUCGACAAGGCACAUUUUUCGAUGGCCGGGAGCGCGAUGUCGGUAGAAGAGACCGAGAUGCUCUUGACAGGCGUGUAUCGUCCUUCAUCACAGGAACGGUUUCUCUGGGCCCUAGAUCUGACACCUCAACUCCUUCAGUCGGUUUUCUCAAUGGCAGACACUCUGACGACCCUGGAGAUCUUGUGGAAGCCGACCUCGAAAGAGUAUCCCAGGGAAUGCUGCGAACGGUCUCUCCUCAACACCCACGCACUCAUCCACAAGCUACUCUGCGAGUCCCCCCGCCUUGUUCAUCUCACGACUCUCAAGACAAUGGUGCGACUACAGGACAUUGAUCUCUUUGACCGGGCAGGAUACACCGAUCUAGACACGAGACAUGACGCGACUGUAGCCGAGAAUGUCCAGAGCUCUUCUUCGACAUCUCGCCCUCCUCCUGCAAUCUGGCGCUGCCGUAGCCUCCGUACCCUCCACAUCGACCUCCACAUCCCCCUAACCACAGAGGAACGACCAGUCUACAGCCGGAUCGUCUUUGGAUACGUCUCUCGCGUGUGCCCACUUCUCGAAGAUCUCCAGAUCGGUACCCAGGAAACAUGUCACUCCUGGGUCGGACCUAUAUACUACUUUCGGUACUUCUCUGGGCUCAGUAUGAGCCUCGGUGGAGGACUGUGCCUGCUAGGUCGAUUGAAGUUCCUGCAGAGGCUACGAGUGUUUUCCGACGUUGGCGAUGGCAAGAAUGAAUACAAGGAUUGGGACGUGAACUGGAUCACGGCCUCUGGAAGGAAGAGCGUAUUGUCGAAUUGGAAGCGGCGGCGAGAGGUCAAGAGCUGGAGAGAGUGGCGGCGGAAUGAGGACCUGGUCGAGACUGUUCGUGCAGAGAUCAGAAUGCGGCUGGCGAUAAGCGGGACUAGUCAUCCUAUACCCGACGCGGAUGCAGUGAUCUUGAAGCAGCUCGAGAACUUAGGUCUUUUGUUUGAUGUAGAGGAGAUGGUGAAAGAGAUGGAGGUGAAGGAGUUUCGACCUAUGCCGGCUCUUGAGGGGUUGUCGCUUAACCACCCGACGCUGAUGCCACCAGAGACUGUGCUUGAGCAUUUGUUUCCCAGCAUGCUGGAUAAGUUGCGCUCUCGUUGA